AUUUCAGGUGAAAAAUGUUAAAAAUUGUUGUUCUUCUUCUUCUCAACCUUGCACUCUCACACGCGCACGGUCAUGCACACGAUGAUGGGCACGGGCAUGCUCACGACCACGGACACGCACAUGAUGAACCAGCUUCCUUCAAAUGGUCCAAACAAGCAAAUGUGAAAGAAGAUGAAAUAAUGGAAGACGACAUUGAUGUCGACCGUAUCGAGACCAUUUACGGAGAAGGGGAGACGGUGAACCUUGGUAAAGGUCAGAAACCUGCCGGAGGUCAUGGUCAUGCACAUGGAGGUCAUGGGCACGCACACGGAGGUCACGGACACAGCCAUGGAGGUCACGGACACAGCCAUGGAGGUCAUGGGCAUAGCCACGGAGGUCAUGGUGGAGCUGAACCUGCCCCUGAAGUUCGGGAGAAAAUGAGACAAAAUCUGCACGCAAGAUGGGACGAUGACGAGGAGUUAGAGAAAACUGAUAUUGGAACUGUUUGGUUUCAGGCUAUUGGAGCAACCUUGUUGAUCAGUGCAGCUCCCUUCUUCAUACUAUUCUUUAUCCCCUUGGACAAUAGUCAGGAGAAACAGUGGCUUCUUAAGAUUUUGUUGAGUUUUGCCUCUGGAGGUUUACUGGGAGAUGCGUUUCUUCAUCUUAUUCCUCACGCACAGAUGGCUAGUUCGGCUGGUGGACACGGACACUCACACGAUCACGGGCACUCCCACGGUGGAGGAGAUGAGGGUCAUGUACAUGAUAUGUCUGUAGGUCUUGGUGUCUUGUCCGGGAUUUUGGCCUUUCUUUGUGUAGAGAAAUUUGUCAGAAUCUUGAAAGGAGGUCAUGGACAUUCUCACGGCCCAUCUCCGGCGCUGCCUGCUAAGGAUGUGAAAGCAAAGGCGGACAAAGCAGAGAAGAAGAAGAAGAAAGCGAAGGAUUCUGAUAACGAAGAGGAGAAGGAAGAGAAUGAAGGAGAGAAGGAAGGAGAGAAGGAGAAGAGGAAAUCGGAUAAGAAAGCAGUGAAGAAAGUGGAGGAAGAAGAGGUUUCGGAAGAAAUCAAGGUAUCUGGAUACCUAAAUCUGGCCGCAGAUUGUUUCCACAACUUUACUGAUGGAUUAGCUAUCGGAGCCAGCUUCCUUGCCGGAGAAUCUGUAGGAUUAAUCACAACAUUCACAAUUCUGCUUCAUGAGAUACCUCACGAGAUUGGAGACUUCGCUAUUCUCAUUCAGUCUGGAGUUCCUAAACACAAGGCUAUAUUCCUUCAACUGUUAACUGCUGUUGGUGCUUUGACCGGCACGCUGGUAUCCCUGGUUCUUGGCGGGGUCACGGAGACAGCUUCAUCACUCACGCUUCCUUUCACAGCCGGUGGAUUUAUCUAUAUUGCAACUGUGAGUGUACUCCCUGAACUACUGGAGGGGAGUACCUUCAAGCAGAGCGUAGCAGAGAUCCUAGCACUCCUUCUGGGAGUAUACAUGAUGGUCAUCAUUGCAGAAUACGAGUAGAGGAUCAGCAUUUUCAGAAGAUAGUUCUGUGGAUCAAGCAGUAGGAGAACAUUGAUAAGAUUUAAUCGAUAGUAAGAAGUAGCUGAACUGCGAAGACAAAGUUGAACCGCGUAGAAAAAUUUGAACCUUUUCUGUUCGACAAAGUCUACGUGGUUCAACUACGUCACUCUAUUCAGUAAAUCUACAUUCAAUUACUGUGCUGUCAUCAUCCUUAUACUGGGGGGAGGGGCUUUCAUAAAUAAACCUUUGAAGAAAUUGAAGGACUAGAACCUAGGUCUAUGUUUCCCGUAAAUUUUUCCUACUUUCAAAUUUUUUAUUCGUAUCGUUUUCUCUCCUUUCCUAAGAAUUUUCUACAUUGACUAGUUCCCGCAUUUAUUUAAUCUUACAUUCUUUAAAAAUUAUUUAUUAAGAAAAUUGAACUAAGCAGAUUCUCAUUUGUAUCCAGUUGUACAUAAAACCAUGUGAUGAAAUGUGAUGAAUAUUUUUAGCAAUAUGGCCGCAUUUUUGUUUAUUAAAAAAUAUAGAAAAUUUUCUAAA